AUGUCGCCAAACAAAAAAACAAUAAAGUAAGAUGUCUUAUUCCAAGAAUAAACUGAAAAGAAAAAAGAUUCUAGAUCAAGUUCUUCAAAAAAGAAGAAGAAUGUUGAAGAAUUGCUUUGUAGAAACCUUAAUAUUAAAGAUCCUAAGUAAAAAUAAUAGAAAUCAUCAAAAAAGAAAAGCAAUGAACAUUAGUAAAGCUAAGAAAAUUAAGAGUCUUAAGAAACUAAUAAAUAAGAAACAAAUAUAUUCAAAGAUGUUUUUGAAGAUGAAUAAUGGUAAGAAAAUAACCAAAACUCCUUAGAUUUUGAAAAUGAGAAUAUUCUUGAUUUGAUAAAGAACUAUACAUUCGCAAAAUAGAAUAUCAAAUCAUAAAAUUUAUAAUAAUCUAAUUAGAAAAAUGGUGACAAAAAUGAUAAAAAGGCCAGCUUAAAUAAAUAAUAGAUAAGUGAUUCAUAAAAAAAAUAGUUGAAUGAAAUGGAAAUGGAGAUAGAAAAUGAAGGUUUAAGUGUUUCUACAAAAACUUCUGGUUAAAAAUAAAAAAAUAUAUAUUCAGAUGAAAUAGAUAGUGAAGAAGAGAUAGAUUUAAAUGAUAGUCUUAAUAAAAGGAAAAAGUUAAAAAAAGUUACAAAGGAUUAAAUUUUCGAAAAGUGUAAUAAAUAAUAAUAAGCAAUUUUAUAGAAUGUAGAAUUAAAGGCAUUAAAAUAUCCACUAGAAAAAGAAUAAGGAGAAGAAAGCGAUAGUUUUGAUGAAAAUAUUUAAAAAAUAGAUAAUAAAGAAUAAGGUGCACAAAAUGAAGAAAUAGUUGAUGAAACAGAUGUAGGGGAGCUCCCAGAAUUCUUACAAAAAGAAAAUAUCAAAGAUAAGAAAGGCAAUAAAAUUGGAAGUGAAAAUUAUGAUCCAACAACUCUCUUUAUUGAAGAAUCUUAACUUAAGAUAUUCAAACCUUACAUGAGAGAAUAUUGGAGAAUUAAGAGUGAUCAUUACGAUAAAAUAGUAUUAAUUAAGUUAGGAAGAUUCUAUGAAGCAUAUUAUGAAGAUUCCUUCGUAUGUAAUUAAAUAUUGUAACCAAAAUAUUCUAGGAAAAAUAAAUGUGGGUUUCCAGAAGAAAUUCUUUAUCCUUAUUUAAGUAAAUUGACAGAAUGCAAUUUAAAAGUUGUUAUUGUUGACCAGUUAGAAACUGAAAAGCAAUAAAAAGAAAGAAUCAAGCAAAUGAAAAGCUAAAAUAUCAAGCUCACUGAGAGAGAUAAACUUAUGAAUAGGGAUGUUGUAGCAAUUUAUACAAAAGGUACAGCUGCUCUUCAAUUAGUAAGAGGCAGAAAAUUACAGCUCAGUACUAGCACUUAUAUUUUGAGUAUUGUAACAGAAAAAUAAUCUUUUAGUAAAAAAAUUACCUUUGGAUUAACUUUAUUUGACUCAAUAACUGGAAAAAUUUUGCUUGCAUGUUUUGAAGAUGAUAAUAUUUAUUCAACUUUUCAAAAAAUCAUCUAUGUUUAUAGGCCUUCAGAAAUCAUUUAUAGAAAACAAACUACAGACAUUGAAAGCUUGAGAUUACUGUCCUAAUUACCAACUAAACCAUUAACUACUUAAUUGAAUGAAGAAACAAUUUGGAAACCUACAUAUGCUUUCAAUCAUAUAGCUGAUAUUUUUGGGAGUGAUGACAUUUAAAAUAUGUGGCCAAAGUGUUUAUAUUUUUAUUCAAGAAGUGAAGAGAACCCGUCAUAUUAGCUAACAUAUUCAGCACUAAGUGCACUAAUGUAUUAUAUGAAAAGCAAUCUACUUUUUGAUGAAACAAUACCAAUUGCAAAUUUUAUCAGAAUUGAUCAUGAAAACAAUAGAGAGAUUUCAGAUUAUGAAUUAAAAGAAUCAAAUUGUGACUAUAAAAUAGAAGAGGGCGAAUAAAUCAAUAGUUUACAUAUGGAAUAAGAAGAUGUUUAAAAAUAAGAAGAUAACAACUAUGAAGAUAAAAGGUUAAUUAUGGAUAGCUAAACUCUAAGCAAUCUAGAUAUUUUAGAAGUAUCAUAUGGAAACAAAGAAUCUAAUUUUUUAUUGAAGCAGUACUCUUUACUUUAGCUUUUAGAUAGAACAUGUACAAAGCCAGGAGAAAGAUUAAUUAAGCUAUGGGUGGCUUCACCUUUAAUAGAUAAGCAAUAGAUUGAAUAAAGACUUGAUGCAAUAGAAGAUUUAUAAAAUCACAAUUUACUUAGAGAUCAAUUCAGAGAUAAACUUUCAAAUUUAAGUGAUCUUGAGAAUAUACUUUCGAGACUCUACUCGUAUAGAGUCAAAAAUAAGAGCAGAGGCGUUUAUUUCGAAGAUGUGUCUUAGCAAAGAUUAAGAGAACUAAAGAAUUUUUUUGAAGAUAUAAAAUAAAUAUUAAUAACUAUUAAAGAUACCUUCUUUUUAGAAAGCAAUACUUUCAAAAGUAAAAGACUGAAAAUGCUUGUGGGGGGAAAUAAAAAAGAUGAAAAUUAUAAUCCAAAUGAUAAUUUACAUGAUAUUUGCUUAAGAAAGAUACUUUCUAUUGAAAAAAAGAUAUUAUGGAUUGGUUCUAAAAAACAUAUUCCUACUCCUGUACCAGGAAUCUGUGAAGCAUAUGAUAACAAAUUGAAAGAGAUUGAAGAUCAUGAAAAUGAAUUUUCAAAUUAUAUCAAAAAAAUUAGAAAACAAUUUGGGGAUGAUAGGAUUCAAUUUUGCCAUAGUAAGGCCCCUUAUUAACUUGAGAUUCCUAUUGAAUUAGUUAAGGGAGAUAAAAAACCUGCUGAUUUUGAACUGACAUCAAUUACUAAAAAAACAUAGCGCUUUCAUACCCCAUAGUUAAAAUAGCUAAUAAACAAACAACUAUUGCUACAAGAUUAACUUAAAUAGUUUCUUGGAGACUUCACAUGUGUUAUAUUUGAUGAAUUCUUUAAAUACAGAAAUAAUUGGAAUCAAAUAGUUAAUGUCAUAGCUGAAAUAGAUUGUCUCAUAUCUCUUUCUCAAGUUUCCUUCCAUGAAACUAUGGUAUAGAAACUGGGAUUUAUGACAAGACCUGUAAUUGUUGAUCAAAAAUAAGAUGAGAGUAAUUACCUUAAAAUUAUCUAAGGAAAGCAUCCUUGUGUGGCUCUGAAAAAAUAAUUUUAGGCCAAUAGUAUUAUAAUAAAUACUUAACAUAAUAAAAUUAACUAUCCUAGAGUACAAAUAAUAACUGGCCCUAACAUGGGAGGUAAAUCAACAAUACUGAGAAGUGCAAGCUUGAUUGUUAUUAUGGCUUAAGUAGGAUGUUAUGUACCUUGCCAGUACUUAGAAUUUUCUCCUUUUGAUAGAAUAUUUACAAGAAUAGGUAUGAGAGACCUACUUUCUUAAGGUAAAAGUACUUUCUAUAUUGAAUUAGAAGAAACAUUAUAGAUAGUAAAGAAUUCGAAUCAAAACAGUCUGGUACUUAUUGAUGAACUUGGUAGAGGAACAUCUACUUAUGAUGGUGUUGCUUUAGCUAGUGGAGUUUUACAGUAUAUUAUUGAAAAAAAUAAGUCUUGCUGUCUCUUCUCUACACAUUCUAAUUUUCUUGUUGAGCAAUAUUAAAAUAGCCCUAUGGUAAAGCUAUUCAAAAUGGGAUAUGAAUUAGUGCCAAAUGAAAAAAACUAAAUCAAAUUUACAUACAAACUAUGCGAUGGAUAAGUUGAGCAGUCUUUUUCAAGAAAUGUUCUUGAUAUUGUUGGGUUUGAAAAAUCUUUAAUUUUUGAAUCUCAUUUUAGAUCUUGCCUUAUAAAUUUAUCAUUAAUGAAUGCUUAAAAUCAUUGA